AUGCCAGCGGACAUCAUCCGAACGCUUUCCCCCUCCACCGGGGAGGUCAUCUUCGAGCGCCCAGGCGCCUCCAUUGAGGAAGCCCAAGCCAUGCUCAGCCGUUCAUCAAAUGCCUUCCGCUCAUACCGUAAAUUGUCUCUCGACCAGCGCAAGACAAUUGUCACCAAAGCUUUAGAUUUCUUAGCAAAUAUCCGGGAUGAUUUGGCCCAGGAACUGACGACACAGAUGGGCAGACCUAUCAAGUUUGCCGGCGCCGAAAUCGAUACAAUGCGCAAGCGUGCCAACUAUCUCAUGGAUAUUGCAUCCGAUGCGUUGGCGAAUAUUCCUGGUGUCCCUGAAGCUGGAUUCAAAAGAUGGGUCAGCAGAGAACCUGUCGGGCCAGUCCUCAUCGUUUCCGCGUGGAAUUUUCCGUGGCUCAUUACAAUCAACACCCUGGUGCCAGCUUUGCUCGCCGGUAAUUCUGUCAUUCUGAAGCCUUCACCUCAGACACCCCUUGUAGCGGAGCGGUUCAAGGAAGCUUUCGAGGCUGCUGGUCUACCCACAGAUGUUCUGCAGAUUCUUCAUACGGCGAGCCUUUCAAAGCUCGAGGAGAUUGCCCAGUCUAGUGUCAUCAAGCAAAUCUGCUUCACGGGCUCUACGGCUGGCGGUUUGGCAAUCAGACGCGCCACCGCUGGGAGGAUUGUGCCUGUCAAUCUAGAACUGGGCGGAAAGGAUCCGGCCUAUGUCAGAGCUGACUCCGAUCUCAAAUGGACUGCAGCGAACAUUGUCGAUGGUGCCAUUUUCAAUUCUGGCCAGAGCUGCUGCGCCGUCGAGCGUGUAUAUGUUCACGCUGACGUCCACGAUGCGUUCGUUCGGGAGCUUCAGGAGGAGCUUCGAGGCUACAACCUAGGCGAUCCAAACCAGCAAUCUACAUCUAUCGGGCCCGUCAUAUCCUCGGCUGCGGUCAAGGCUAUCGAGGAGCAAGUCCAAGAUGCCAUCUCCAAGGGCGCCGUGGAUGCCACUCCAGAGAACCCCAGUUUCGCUUCACUCCCGACCACCGGCAGCUACGUUGCACCUCGCCUACUUACUAACGUAACGCACGACAUGGCCGUCGCCAAGGCGGAGACAUUCGGGCCCCUUAUCCCCGUGAUCAAAGUCAGAGACGAUGCCGAGGCGGUCGCGCUCAUGAAUGACAGCGAAUACGGUCUUACCGCCAGCAUCUGGACCCAAGAUCUGGAGCGCGCCUCAGAGCUAAUCUCCGAGAUAGAGGCUGGCACAGUUUUCGUCAACAGAUGCGAUUGUCCAAAUCCAGACUUAUCAUGGAUCGGGUGGAAGAACUCUGGAUUGGGAAGUACCUUGGGGCCGCGCGGGUUCGAUGCAUUCGUCACACUAAAGAGCCACCAUGUUAGAGAUAAGCAGGCCUAG